GCAUCGGUGGAUGUGGAAUAUGUGUUAUUAACACAACACGCAACUUUCCAAGUUGUUAUUCUUUUCCUCUCCUCUUCGCAACUCAGCAGGCAUACAUGUUCAGAGCAGAGCUUGGUGACGCAUCACAAAGGAUUUCUCAAAUCAUUCUCUCUCAUAAUCUCCACUCAUCAUUGUCAAGUAGUACAACACCAAUGGCCGAGUCGGUUGUUUCGUUCGUGGGGCAGACAAUAGGAAAGCUGCUCAUCGACGAGGCCAAAUUCUUGUGGGGCGUGGAGGGCAAGGUCAAGGACUUGCAAAGGGAGCUGGAGCUGAUCCGGUGCUUGCUGAGGGAUGCGGAUUCGAGACGAGAGCAUGACGAAACGGUUAGAGCAUGGGUUGUGCAACUCCAAGACAUUGCCUAUGAUGCCGAGGACGUCGUCGAGCUAUACAUCCUCAGAGUAGCUCCGAAGAAGGAACGAAACAUCGUCAAGGCGUGUGCUUGUUUCGUGGCAAAGUGCAUGUGCGUGCAGGCUCAUGAGGUGGGGACGGAGAUUGAUGGCUUAAAAUCUAGGAUCUCCAAUCUGAGAACGAGUAUGCAGGCUUACGGCAUACAAAUGAUGCAGGGAGGCGAACGCGAACACGCGAGUGCUUCCGCGACGAAAUGGACUCACGCCCAUUUCGAGGAGGAUUUUGUUGGGAGGGAAGAUAGUAUUAAGGAGUUGGUGAAAGAGCUGUUGGAGGAUGGAAAACAGCGGAGAGUUAUUUCCAUAUGGGGAAUGGGUGGUUUGGGUAAAACCUCGCUCGCUAGGAAAGUCCUUGCUCAAGAUGAAGUGAAGAACAAUUUCACUGGCGUCGCUUGGGCUUGCGUAUCUCAAGAAUGCCAUGCGAAAGACGUCUUGGUGGACAUUCUCGUUAAGUUAGUCCCUGAUCAAAGAGAGAGGAUUAUGCAGAUGAGAGAUCAAGAAUUGUUUGAAGCUCUAUAUAAGAUCCAACAAGAGAAGAGAUGUAUGGUGGUUCUUGACGAUAUUUGGACCAAAGAGGCAUGGGAUGGUCUUCGAGACGCAUUCCCGGUCAUGAACACAAGAAGCAAGCUAUUGAUAACGACCCGCAACAAAGACGUAGCGAAGUAUAUCAAUCCUCAAGGACUUCUCCACGAACUUCGGUGCUUAUCGGACCUGGAGAGCUGGGAUUUGCUGAAGAAGAGGGCGUUGCUUGAAACGGAAGUAGUUGAUGGAAACAUGAAGAGGUUAGGAGAUGAGCUCCUUAAGAAGUGUGGAGGAUUACCCUUGGCUGUCAAUGUGCUUGGUGGACUUCUGGCGGACGACAAUGAGUGGGAGAGGGUUUACGAAAAGAUCAAUUUGUAUUUUAGUGAUAAGAGUGAUGUAUCAAAAGUGUUGGCCUUGAGCUAUGACGAUCUACCAUGGCAUCUAAAGCCGUGCUUCCUCUAUUUGGGUGGUUUUCCAGAGGAUGCACAAAUCCCCGCGAGAAAAGUUCUUCGCAUGUGGAUCGCUGAAGGCUUUGUGCCGCCCAACGCAUAUGACGAACAGAGAGAAAUUUCAGCAGAAGAUGUAGCAGAGCAAUUUUUAGCGGAGUUGGUUAACAGGGGGAUGGUUCAAGUACGACUCAACUUGAGUGGAAAGGUCAAAACUUGCCACCUCCACGACUUGAUGCGAGACUUAUGCGUCUCCAAGGCCACGCAAGACUGUUUUCUAAGAAUUCUUAACGUUCCGCAAGACAAUGGGACGGAGGAUUGUUCUCCUUCGAUGGCAGUAAAACUCGAGUCGAGUUGCAAGAUAAGGAGGCUUUCUCUCAAUAAGCGCAUGAUUCCGGAAGCGGAACAAAUACGAAGCACUAUGCUCCACCUUCGAACUUUGAUGUUGUUCAAUUUUCGGGGAUGGGAGCAACUUCAACCUAUUUUCAUCAACUGUAAGUUUCUCAGAGUCCUGAAGCUAGAGAAAAUUACUAUGAGCGAAAACUUACCUGAAUCAGUGGGAGACCUAGUCCAUAUAAGAUUCUUAAGUUUAGCAGGAAGUUGGUUCCGAAGCUUGCCACAAUCCAUGGGGAACCUUGUACUCAUGGAGUUUUUGGACGUGAGUGGGAGAGAACUUGAUCGGGCAACCAUGCCAAAUGUGUUCUGGAAGAUGACAAGGUUGAGCUAUCUCCGUCUUCCCUACUUAUAUGUCGUCAAGGAGGAAUUUCAUGGCGACCAAAAGAAGUUGCGGUUGGACAGUUUGAAGAAUCUACGGACAUUGAGAAACUUUAGUCCGACCUACUGUGAUGUGAGCGACCUAGGCAAACCGACCAAUCUGCAAAAUCUGAGCUUUUGUGUUUCCGACGCGUUGGAGAUAAUUCCCCAACUAGUCAAAUUCAAUUUGAAACAUCUUCAAUCCUCAUCUUUUACAUUCUCUGGCCGUCCAUUCACUAAAGAUGAGUUGAGUAAAAUGUCAAGCUAUCACUCACCCCGUAAGUUGUGGAUAGGAGGAAGCAUAGAGAAGCUGCCGGAACAUAGGUAUCUACCUCAGCGAUCGACGAAGCUGGUCUUAUUUCACUCCUAUCUAAAAGAAGAUCCGAUGCCAAUAUUGGAGAAAUUGCAGCACUUGGUUGUUCUCAUGCUGAGGUUUGAUGCUUUCGUGGGAAAGGAAAUGGUCUGCUCUGCAGGAGGCUUCCCUCGGCUCAAGCGUUUACUUCUUAAUUGGUUAGGAAAUUUGGAGGAGUGGAGGGUCGCUGAAGGAGCCAUGCCUCGUCUUUCUCAAUUAGGGAUCAGUUGGUGUCCCAGCUUAAAGGCGGUGCCCGAAGGAGUCCACGCCUACGACAGCCCUCAAGACCUUUAUGCCGAUCAUCGUAGCAUGUAUCGUGACGUUUGGAGAUAUAUUCCCGGGGUGAGUAGUAUUCCCUUCCGCUCCUUUAUCUUCAUCAUCACAAGAAUUAAUGUGAGGGAGAGGGAAUGA